UCCCACCUCAGUCUCGAGGAAGAGACGAUGAUGAUGAUUACUGAUCUUCCACACGAUUUGGAAUCGGAAAUACUCUCUAGGGUUCCGGCGAAGUCUUUAGCGAAAUUGAAGACUACUUGUAAACGAUGGUACGCUUUGUUCAGAGAUCCGAAUUUCGUCAAGACGAACUUGGAUAAAGAAGCCGCGAGGGAAUUGAUCUUACUGAUGAAUCGUAGGGUUCAUUCGAUCAGCGUCAAUCUCAGUGGGAUUCGCAACAGCGUUGAUCCGUCUAUGGAGGUUUCAGGUAAACUCAGUUCGAAGGAUUUGAAAAUAUCUAACAUCUCUCACUGCGACGGUUUGUUAUUAUGCACCACAAAUGAGAACACUAGGCUCGUUGUUUGGAACCCCUGUACCGGUCAAACCAGGUCGAUCAAACCAAGAACUCGUUACCGGCGUAAUGGUUCCUAUACUGUCGGAUAUGUAAACAGCAAAUCUUCUUGCCACAGCCGUAACUACAAAAUGUUGAGGAUUUGCCGUUACUACGACCAUCAGAAACUCCGGGCGGCUGACUUUGAGAUCUACGAUUUUGGCUCUGAUUCUUGGAAGGUUAUUGAUGAUGGCAUCACCUGGGCCUGGGGUACAUCUUCUCCUGGCGUGUCUUUGAAUGGGAACACUUACUGGGUUGGUAGAGAGUCAGAAACAGAUAUUUUCUUGAUGAGUUUUGAUUUCACAGCAGAGAGAUUUGUGCGUCUUCCUCUUCCGUAUCAGAUUUUUGAUUACGAUGAUAUCGCGAUUCUAUCAUCUGUUAGAGAAGAGAAGCUCUCCUUGUUGAAGCAGAAUUUUCAUGUGCUUUCAACAGAGGUGAAGAUAUGGGUGACCAAUAAGUUUGCUGAGGCCAAAGACUUGUUAUGGAGCCAGUUCUUAGUGAUUGAUUUUAGUAAAUUCAUGUUACCAAGUCGGAUGAGUGUGCUAAGUUUCUUGUUGGACGAGGAGAAUAAAGUGGCAGUGUGUUGUGAUACAGACAUGGAAGAUGGUUAUAAGACCAGCGUCUACAUUGUUGGGGUGGAUUUGUAUAAAGAAGUCUACAAAGACGUUACAAAGGAAUUGAUCUUUAAUUGCCCACGUCUCGUCAGUUAUGUUCCAAGUUUGGUUAACAUUCAGAGAACACACCCAAAGGCAAAAAGAAAACGAGAUUAAAGAAGGCACGGUCUGGAGGCCAACUUCGUAAGGAGCCUUAAAGCAUUCCAAGUGAAACUCAAAGCCAACGCUUAUCCAAAUUUUGUGGUGGAGUAAAGGAAGAUUAUAAUCACUUCAACAUAUGUUAUGAGCUUUGUAAGUUUUACUUCGGCUACAAUGCUUUUGUACGUAGUUUUUAUGACUCUGAGAAUACAUUUCCUAAUCAGAUCAAUGCGGGA